GACUUUUUUUCGUACUGUCAUUGCAAAACUCACAGGAACAGACGGAUUCAAAGACAUUUCCUCUCAAAGUUCUGUCUCACAAUGUCCAUCGACCCUUCAGAGUACUUGGCCGACCCUGGCUACUUUAACGUGUCGCCGCAAGAAAAGGCCCCUAUGCUCAUUGCUGUAGCUGGAGGUGCAUCCAGUGGUAAGCUAGAGGUCUGCAGCCUGAUAGGAGAAAGGUUCGCUUCCAAGGCAGACACCAAUAGUCUUCACAGUUUUUAUCGAGAACUCAAUGAACAAGAGCAACAACUGGCCGAACUGGGUGACCUCAAUUUCGAUCAUCCUUCUGCCUUCGACUUUGAGCUUUUAGAAGUGACUCUUAAGGAUUUACUGGCAGGAAAAUCCGUACAGGUUCCGAUUUGGGAUAACCGAGUGCAGAAAAGAGUUGGGUUUAAGGAUAUUCAUAGCGCACAUGUUAUCAUUCUGGAAGGUAUCUUGGUACUAUAUCCAGCAUCAAUUCGCAAGUUGCUGAACAUGAAGGUGUACAUAGAUAUUGACAGCGAUGAUCGACUUGCCAGCAGAGUCCAGCAUAACGCCAAACUGAGCGACCCUGUACCUUUGGAGCGAAUCUUGCGCCAAUACGUCAAAUUCGUCAAAAGAUCCCAUGAAGAAUUUGUACAGCCCACAAAGCAAUAUGCAGAUAUCAUCGUCCCACGUGGCAUAAAGAAUAAGGCCGCUAUUACCUUGAUAACAGAGCAUAUCGCUAGCUUUCUUCAAGGAAAGGACGCUUACGUCCUAGGCGAAGAAAGUGGACGUUCACUUUUAGGCUCUGAUCACAGUACAGAACUAUUGGGUAGCAAGGAUAGCGAGUUUAAGCGUAUUCCACAAUGAAGCGAAUCCUCGUUUGUAAUAUUGGAUAGCCUGUAUAUAAUACAUCAAUCGUUUGAU